UCCAGCUCUCGGUUACCAUGGUAAUCCUUGCCAUCGGUCGGUGCUGCGCAGACGUCGCUGAACGAAACUUGGUCACUGAAUUCAUUAGAAUUCCUUAUUCAUUAUCUAAAUUAUUGAAAACCUGAGGCUUUUAUACAAGUGAUUUUGUGGGAUGUCCGACGAAGAUGCGGAAGCUGCAGCAGAGGAAGUUGUUCUGAAGAUAGUUGUAUGUGGUGACGGAUCAUCAGGCAAGACUAGCCUCUGCCAACGAUUUGUUAAGGAUUCAUUUGAAAGAUCAUAUCAUCAGACUCUUGGACUAGACUUUUUCUCAAAGCGGAUAUCGUUGCCUGGAGAUGUGGAAGUUCUCAUGCAGGUUUGGGACAUUGGUGGUCAAAGCAUUGCUGGCGAGAUGAUUGACAAAUACAUCUAUGGUUCACAUGCUGCCUUGGUCGUCUACGAUGUCACCAAUAUGAACUCGUUCGACAACUGUCAGGAUUGGCUGAAUGUGAUACGACGGGUGACGAAGAGUCAGGAGAAGCCUCCACAUGUUUUCAUUGUUGGCAACAAAGUCGACGAAGAACGACUCCGUAAGGUUCCAGUAGAUGCACACUGCGCAUUUGCCAAACGACAUGAUCUGAAGGCAUUCUAUGUGUCUGCAAAGACUGGCGAUUCAGUCACGAUGAUGUUUCGGCAAGUAGCCGCCGAUGUACUGCGAAUUGUCCUCACCCGAGUCGAACAAGAAGCUGACAUUGCCAUCGUACAAGGCGAAGUUUCUCAUGAGGUGAAGGAACCCCGUAGGAGGCAUAUCGACCAGUCAAAAAAUACAGCUGUCUGUUCUAUACAGUAA